GAUCGCACAUCAUCCACAAACCCAAGCACAUGAUUAAUCGUCAAAAUGCACCAUUUUCGUCACCUUCGCAAAAGCCUGUCACUUGGAGCGUCUCUGCCAGUUCGACGGUUGAUUCCAAUCUCACAGUCUUUCUUUACAAGCUCAGUAUUUGGUUCACCCGUGAACUCCAAAGCUCGCACGUUUGACCCAAACCGUCCGGUUGCAGAAGUACAGGUUGCUUGGACAGGAACGGAUUCAUUACAGUUUCUCGGCCAGGAUGCCAGUGGCAACGAAGUAUUGAUGUCGGCAUCAAAAGCUCCAGGGGUUGGUCCAAUGGCCAUGCUGCUGAUGGGUUUAGGGGGCUGCUCAGCUGUUGACAUUGUAGGAAUACUACAAAAGCAAAGGCAGAGUUUAGAAGGAGUAAAGAUUCGAAUUGAGGGUCAGCGUGCUGAAGAGAUGCCACGACCAUACGAAAACAUCCACAUGACGUUUAUUAUUUCAGGAAAAGGACUGGACAAGAAGAAGGUUGACCGCGCAAUCGAACUCGCUGCGGAAAAAUAUUGUGGUGUGCACGCUACACUAAAGAAAGCAGCAAAUAUCACCCUCUCUUCAGAGAUUAUAGAAACAGGAUCUCAAUAGAAAACUGAAAGACAUUAGCAGAUCCCCUGUCUUACACCCGAAAGUUGGGCUAUAGGUCCUUUACUCGGCGAAUCGCAGCCGCGUAUUCGUCCUUCCAUCGGGCCACCAAAGUUUCUACCGUUGGAAUAUCGUGAAUGUUGAUGACCGAAUGGCCUGCCGACCAUAUAUCUCUCCACGCCUUGCUUUCUUUUGCGGAUGGAUCUACAAAUAUGAUCAGAAACCAAUCGGGUAUGAAGAUGUUGUCCGUCCUUACCAAGCUUGCUGAAGUCUUCCGUGCCCAGUGAAGGGUGGGCCGGAUUCUCUGGAUCAAGACCCGCCCGUUCAAGACUACUCCGCAAGAAGUUGGCAUUUACCCCACUUCAAUGUAGUAUUUUAGCGAGGUGUCAGAAACAUAAUUUUGAGUCAUUUACCAUACCUUAUUUUGUCAGUGUAAACUGUCGGAAGGAAGGACGGGGAGGGA